GAGGAGGCGGCGGUGGGGGUGGCGGGGCGGUGAGCGGCGCCAAACCCGGUAAGAAGACGCGGGGCCGGGUGAAGAUCAAGAUGGAGUUCAUCGACAACAAGCUGCGGCGUUACACCACCUUUAGCAAAAGGAAAACCGGCAUCAUGAAGAAGGCCUACGAGCUCUCCACGCUGACCGGCACUCAAGUCCUGCUGCUGGUGGCCAGCGAGACGGGCCACGUGUACACGUUUGCCACGCGGAAGCUGCAGCCCAUGAUCACCAGCGAGACGGGGAAGGCGUUGAUCCAGACGUGCCUCAACUCCCCGGACUCGCCCCCGCGCUCGGACCCGACCACCGACCAGCGCAUGAGUGCCACGGGCUUUGAGGAGACGGACCUCACCUACCAGGUGUCCGAGUCGGACAGCAGCGGGGAGACCAAGGACGCCCUGAAACCAGCGUUCACGGUCACCAACCUGCCGGGGACGACGUCUACCAUCCAGACAGCCCCCACCACCUCGACCUCCAUGCAGGUCAGCAGCGGCCCGUCAUUCCCCAUCACGAAUUACCUGGCGCCAGUGUCUGCCAGCAUCAGCCCCAAUGCCGUCACCAGUGCCAACGGGACAGUGCUGAAGACUACUGGAGCCAGUGCAGUGACAUCUGGGGGCCUCAUGCCGAUACCCACUGGCUUCACCCUCAUGUCAGGUGCUUCCCUUUCUCCGGGGACCCCUACCAUUCCUCUCGCUCAGUUACAGCCGCACUCCCUGGCUUUUUCCAGCCAGCAGGGCCAGGUGCUCACGGGUACGGCUGGACAGCUGCAGCAGGCACAACAGACAGUCUUCCGCUUCCCUGCCAGAGCUGGAGGGCAGAUUGUGUCGCUGACAGGUGGUACCAUGGCUCAGCAGGUCCCAGUCCAGGCGAUCCAGGUGCACCAGGCACCGCAGCAAACGUCUCCCUCCAGUGACAGCAGCACUGACCUUACCCAGACCUCUUCCAGUGGAACAGUGACCCUCCCGGCAACCAUCAUGACGUCGUCUGUGCCAACCACUGUGGGUGGCCACAUGAUGUACCCCAGCCCACAUGCGGUGAUGUACGCACCCACAUCUGGCCUUGCGGACGGUGGACUUGCGGUCCUCAACGCUUUCUCACAGGCGCCCUCAGCGAUGCAGGUGUCCCACGGCCAGGUCCAGGAUCAGGGUGGUGUCCCCCAAGUGUUCCUGACAGCCCCAUCAGGCACCGUUCAGAUCCCAGUCUCGGCUGUCCAGCUUCACCAGAUGGCUGUCAUCGGGCAGCAGAGCAGCAGUGGCAGCAGCCUGACGGAGCUGCAGGUGGUCAACUUGGACACCUCGCACAGCGCCAAGAGUGACUGAGAGGCCUCUGCUGCUGGCCUUGCGCUGUCCCCGGCUUGCCACGCCGGUGCCGGGGCUGGCGGCAAUUCCUUCUCGUACAGACUGCACCAGUUAUUUAUUGUUGCCUUUUCACGUUUCCUUCAUCCACACAUGCACACACACACACACACACGCACCCACCCACCCACUCACACAGGCAUGCACGUGGGGCUGCAGGACCCACCCGGGGUGGAGCGGUGCUGGGGCCGUGCAGGGCUUGGGGGGCGUUUGGAUGCUGCGAUUAGCUGUGCUUGUCUCACGCCAGCCAAAGAAACUUGUCUCUUUGAGGGGAAGAUUGUUCUGCGCUGUAAAUAAAUACUGCGGGCCGUUCCCAGCGGGAGGCUCUGGCUCCUUCUGGGCGCUCUGAGUCACCUUGCCCAUGAGUUUUUCGCUCUGCGUGGGGCUCAGCUCGGACCCAGAGCCGUCCCGCCGGCGCAGCUCGGAGCGGAGCGGGCCGAGGCUGUGCCGCUUGGCCUCAGCAAUGUGCCUUUGUCGGGGUGACAGAUCCUGGCUGCAGCAACUCACCCUGGGCUCCGGACAGGGGAGAGCCGGCCGGCUUUGUACGUGCAUCUCCAGUUGGGUCUGCGCGCCCUUCCCUCCGUGGCACGUCGCCCUGUCCUCCUCGUAUGCACUACAGCGAGCCUUCUGCCCUCAGUGCCAGGAUCUCCAGGAGCACAACGAUGCCCCGGAGAGCUCGUGGUGGUGGUGGUGGUGGUGGUGGUGGUCUCUGUGGCCGCCCCAGCCCCACGCUCUCCUCUCAGCCCUCGCACUGCUUGCGGACUCCGUACACCCAGGGGAACGUGGCCGGGUCUUUCCCACAUCCCCCUGCAGCUCCGGCCAGUGCUUUUUUUUUGUGUUUUUUUUUUUUUUUAAAUUUCUGUGUCUGAUGCAAGGUGGAGAAACAACUCAAGUGUCAAAGGGAAGAGCCCACAGGGCGCUGAGCUGCCGGGCAGGUGGCAGGUUCUUUUUCUGAGCACCACCAGGGUGAUCUGCAGGCCAUCCUGGGCUGUGGAGGAGCUGCUGUGAUGCCUGUGCAAGCUCAGCAAGGCCAGGGGAGAAGGGCUGGAGCGUGCUUGGUCCUGCAUGGGAGUUGCUGUGAAUGGCUCUGCUACCUAGCCCUGUCCCUGGAGGGAGAGUGAGCGAGAGAAGCUGCUGAAUCCUUAGAGGAAGAAGCAGCUACUGUA